AUGCGCCGGGAAAUUAAGGAUUCCUGCUACCGGCGUCUGACCCAGAAACGGCGGACAAAGGACAACAUGGCAGACGGCACCAAACUGCAUGUCUUGAGACCGAAGCAACCACCGUUCAUGCUCCAUAAAAUAAAGGACCUUAAUGGCCCGGAGGUUUUGGACGGUGUGAACAACAGGCAUGGAGACGUUUGCAGAAGAGUCCUCGGCGCAGUGCCGGAAGACGCAUGGAGCGACAGUGAAGGUCGGGUGUCAUUAGACGAAAAACAGCACUACCAGCUGAUCGAGGCCAGGCGGACUCCCACAGGAAUGUAUGUGCUCUUUAAAAGACCCUUCAGCACGUGUGAUCCUCGGGACUACGUCAUAGAGGAGGGUACUGUGCACGUCAUCUACGGGUUUCUGGAUCAUUCAGUCUCCUCACUGGACCAACUGGACCUGUCUCAGAUCCAGACUGGGGUGCAGAGGGUUUUAAUGCUACGCCCUGACACUCCAUCCCCAUCACUGCCCCCAGACAUAGAGAUCCUGGAGGUCCUGGCUCCGAAUGUCAUCAUACCAAGCCAGGAGACCACCUACUGGUGCUUUAUCGUGGAGCUUCCUAAAAACAUGCCCAAGAACCACAUUGUCAUGUAUGAGUCAGCGGUAACCACAGGAAACGAGGCCAUCGUGCACCACAUGGAGGUAUUUGAGUGUUCCCCAGAAAUCCAGAAUGUUCCACAGUACAGCGGCUCCUGCGAUGACAAGAUGAAGCCGGGCAAACUCAACCACUGUCGCCACGUGCUGGCUGCAUGGGCCAUGGGCGCUGAGGCAUUUUACUAUCCUCCUGAUGCAGGACUACCUCUGGGUGGGCCUGGAUCUUCAAGGUUUCUCCGACUGGAGGUCCAUUACCACAAUCCCCUUCUGCUGUCUGGCCGGCAAGACUCAUCAGGGAUACGCUUGCUUUACACUCCAAGCCUGAGACGGUAUGAUGCAGGGAUCAUGGAGCUGGGUCUGGUCUAUACUCCUGUUAUGGCUGUCCCGCCCAAACAGCACAGCUUCCACCUCACCGGCUACUGCACAUCCAAGUGCACACACACUGCCUUGCCUCCGGGGGGAAUCAAUAUCUUUGCGUCCCAGCUCCAUACCCACUUGGCUGGGCGUGGCGUGAGGACCGUUCUGGUGAGGGAGGGGAGAGAAGUGGAGAUCGUGCAGGAGGACCAACACUUCAGCACACAUUACCAGACAAUCAGAGUUUUAAGGAAGAUGGUGAAUGUAUUGCCUGGUGAUGCCCUCGUAACACAAUGCACCUACAACACAGAAGAUAGGAAUAAGCCUACAGUGGGAGGAUUUGGCAUCAUGGAGGAAAUGUGUGUUAACUACAUACACUACUACCCUCGCACUCAGCUGGAGCUCUGCAAGAGUCAUGUCGACACCUCAUACCUGCAGAAGUAUUUCAGCUUCAUAAACAGGUUCCAGGGUACCGAUCAGUGUGUGUGUGCCGAGGUUAGCGUGACAGAGCAGUAUUCAAAGCUACAGUGGGACUCAUUCAGCGCUGAAGUCCUGGACUCGCUCUACAACACAGCACCCAUCUCCAUGCACUGCAACCAGUCUACUGCACGCCUCUUUCCUGGUGUGUGGGACCAUCAGCCUCUACCAGCGGUCACCUCGGUGCUCCAGAAACCCCGGUACCCCUGUGAGGGUGGACAACUCCCUGUGGGCAAACCCAGCCAGCCCACUUUGUCCCUCGUCCGGGCCAAACCAGGAGCCUGA